UUUACUUUUAGAUGCGACAGAAGCGCGUGUAGCGGUAAUACAGUGUACUGAACAUGACAUUAAAGUGACAGUUGACAGUUGCAAGGAAUACAACUAGCAAUGCGCGAAUAUUAGAAGGUUAUAAAAUGGGGGUCAGAGGAUUACAAACGUUUAUGGAAAAAAGUUCUCCAGAUGCGGCUCAUGAAGUAAAUAUUAAAGAUAUAGUGCGUAGCUACAGGAGAGAGACAGGCAGAGAAGUUGUUAUUGUGGUAGAUGGAUCAUCAUGUCUACGACCUUUAUAUGGCCGCUUGGACUGGAUAUGUGGCGGUCAAGUGAGGGAAUAUGUGGAAGUCUUUCAGAACUUCAUCCAGGCAUUUCAAGAUAUAGGUGUAAAACUAGUAUUCUUCUUUGAUGGGCCCACUCAAGCCAGGAAAAGGAAAGUAUGGGUAGAAAGACGACUAAAGAGUUUAAUGGAUGUUUAUAGAGUUUUUGAUCUUAUUGGAAGAGGGAAACACCCAUCACAGCUUGGUGGAGAUACAAUUUUGUUACCUCCUGCUACAUCUUAUUUAGCUGCUCAUGCCAUCAAGACAUCUGAAGGUUGCGAGGUUCACAGGUCAGUCAAAGAAUGUGAUGAGGAAAUAGCUGACUAUGCCAGGCAACAUAACUGUUUUGCAAUUCUUGGUCAAGAUUCAGAUUAUGUAAUUUAUGAUGGACCACAGUACUACUUAUCAGCUGUUCACUUGAACGUAGAAAAAAUGACAACCAUCAAUUACAAUCGUUGGGCUCUUUCACGGCAGUUGCAACUUGCACCAAGUCUUCUUCCUUUGUUGGCAUCACUUGUAGGGAAUGAUAUUGUUCGAUCAGAUGAUUUGUUGCCUUUUCACCAAAGACUCUGCAAACCUAAAAAUCGCAAUCCAAGACACAAUUUUAAAGGAAGACCGUCACCAAGAGAUGUGAUUUACAAUGUAGCAAAGUUUAUACGUGAUAACGUUGAUGAAAGGAAUUUAUUUCAAGCUCUUCCCAUGAUUUCAAAGAGAGUAUUUGGAGAUGUGGGAAAAGCUUCUCAUCUCCAAUUAAGUGUGAGAAGUUAUAGUGUAAAUACUUCUACAGAGCAUUGUCCAGAAAAGUCAGAAAGUUCUCAACAAACAUCAGUAUCUCAGAACUCUUGGAUGAUCAUACAAAAGAAUGCAGAAACACGUUUCAAGGAUGGAAAUCUUGAUUCAAUGGUUUAUGCUAUUAUGUGUGGUUUACCUUAUGAAUCAAGUACAGGUCUUGAAGACUUCCGUAAGCUGGAGCUCCCACCUUCAGCGGCAGUGUAUCAGCCUCUGCGUCAACGUAUUUAUGGAAUAAUAUUGCACGAGAUGCCUGGAGAUCCAGAAAAUCGAGUAGUAGAAGAAUGGUGUAUGGCAGGAGAAGGGAGUCUCAAUGGACCCUCUCGAGUGUGUGUAAUUUUGCCACGACCAGGUUCUCAUCCUGGACUUAUGGCUCUCUGGGAUGAAAAUGACAAAAGUGAAGAAAUGCUGGCUAAAAAGUGGGCCCUUGUGGCUCAUGCUGUAUCGAAUGGGCUUGAUCCUGAUGAAGUCUCAUCUCGAUUUUUGGAGCCCUGGGAAGUGAAUGCUUUUAUUGCCACUGCUGUGGUACUGCCUACAUUGUCUACUCCAGUCCUGGCAAAGAUUCAAAUAGAAAAAGCUGACCCUCGUGCUGUUCAGUUAGCUUGCAUAUUUGGUCGAGGUGCAUCAAUUAUCAAAAUGCUAAUGGAUGUUUCACCAUGGCAUUAUUUUGACGGAAAGUUAUUUCAGACUAUGUAUCAAAAGGCCAAAUCUGGAAAAACUGCAAUAGAUUUGUGCAAUCAUCAGGUGGCCCAGUUAGAACAAUUCAACUAUAUUCACUCAAUAGUUCUACCCACUCAAGAAUGAAACAUUAUCUUUACCAAAGAUAAAUAUACAUUUAUUGUAAAUUCAUUGGUGAUAGUAAAAUGGAAUUUGUUGUACAAUAACAAUAUUUUAUAGUUUUAUAAGAAUUUUAAUGGUGUAUAUUCAUUGUCAGUGGUUUUAUUAUAAAAAAAAAAGUAUGAAUUUUAACAUAUCCUUUUGAGUAUUGGACUGGAAUAACCAGUUACAUUUCUACCUUCUCUAUUUUAUUUUAAAAUAUUCUAUUGCAUAGGUUUUAUUAAUAGAAUAAUUUUUUACUAUCGGUAAUUUUUCAACAAAGGGUUUAAAAGUACAAUCAAAAUGUUGUGAUAUUAGAUGACUAACUUUUUCAACUUUAGUGUAUAAAGCUUGAAUACUUUUGUUUUGAUUAAAUUCAUGUUUUAAAGAUUUAUAUUUUCAUUCAGAGGGUACCAGAGGAGGUGUGUGUUUACCAUCUGACUGAACCAAGACAUCCCUCGAAAAAUCUUUUUCCAGUAGAGUGUCAAAAUUUCUCUCUAUAGGAGGUUGUCUUGUAGAUGUGGUAGAGUUCAGUGCAGUUUUUACAUAACUAGGAUCAAUCACUUUUCCAAUGAACACAAUAGUUCCAGUCUUUUCUUCUUCAACAAAAAACAAAAAUGGAUGGUUAGCAGCAAACAUUAUUGGACCACCAAAAUGGUUUUCAAGCGAUACCUCUGAAACAAAAUUGUAAUAAUUGCAUUAGACAUAGUGAAUAGUAAUGAUUCUUUAAAGGCUUAACUAUUGAAUUGUAGGCUGUAUAUGUAUAUAAAAAAAGUAAUCUUAUUAAUCAAAUUCUCUGCACCACAAAGUACAUGUUGGCUCUGCCUAUUGUAUUUUGUAUUAGAUUAAUAGAAGCAAGUAUUAUCAACAAUUAUAUUUUCAAACUAGAAAGAUAUUGGAUUAUGCAGAGACCACUUCAAUAGUUCUGUGUAAAGCCUGGAUUUGUCAAUAACAGUUUGAAAGAACUGCUCAGAAUCUCAUCUGUCAAAAUUGUCACCAAAACUAUUUGCAAUAAGUGUUAUACAGUAUAGGCUGUUUACUUCAAACUAAAGAAUAGGAUUAAAACGUUAAGAAAUCAUGUUGUCCACAUUUAUUGGCUCAAACAACUAAAACAGAUUAUUGUCUUUUUAGAAUGUUUCUUGAAGUAUGUACCUAACUGAGAAGCAUCAACGAUGAAAAAAUGUCUUCUCAAGAUUUUGACAGUAAUACAUUCAUAGAGGAACUAAUUUUCAAAGAUUCAUGAAUGUUUGACCGACCAUCCGUCCAACUGAUCGUUCAUCAUGUCAUUUUUCUAUCUUAAAAGAAUUUCAAAGUUCAUUUCAGAAAUUGAUAUUGUACUUUUACUUUUCUUGGGAAGCUUGAAUGCAUGUUUUUAAUAAUAAAUGUAGAAGUCAUUUUACAAGCAAAAAUUACAAUAUCUCUGUUUUUAGUUAUAUUGUUAUUAAAAGUUUUAUAUUUCUGAGCAAAGCAAAUACAAAUUUGUUGUCUUUUUCCUUUAAUUUCUGUUUUGUCCGUAGAUGAUGUUUAUCUUAAUUUAAUGAAAUAAGUAUUGUAUGUAGGUGCAAUGUAGAAAUAAUUUUAAACUAAAUGUUUGGGAUUAUAUGUUGGUUUUCCACAAAUGUUGCUUUAUUGUUUUAUUAAAAAACAGGAAUUAAUACAUAAAUGUAUAUACAUUGGGGCCAGUAAUUGAUUCGUUUCCAGUUAGAAUUAAUUGAAAGAAUGUUCAUUUCCAAGUAGUAAAAACAAGGAAUGUAAAAUUUUAGAUCAGAAAUUUUGUAAUCGUACACAAGAAAAUUGUUUGUUUACUUAUACUUCGCUGUGUAUUUACUAACUUCGCUUGUAACUGUUCACUCUGACAAUCAAUUAAGUCAAAACUGUUUUAAAUUUUUUCUAUCCAAUCAUAAAGAAUUUCUGUUAUUGUGUAAAUUUUGUGUAUUCAAUGUAAUUUGUAGAGCAGUGUUUUAGGUACAAGAAGCAUUUAUAAAAUAUGUCUGACAUUUCAGUGUGUUUUUUUGAAUUCUGUACUUAUUUUGCAAGCAUAGUUUGUAUUUCAAAGCAAUAUUCUUGAAUAAAACUCCUUCAAAAUAUAAAA